AAUUGAGCUGCUGCUUUCCCGUCUUCUCUCCCAAGGUAAGGUAGAUGUACAGACCAGACCAGACAUGUCGAUUUUGCUCGGAGACGUGUCGUGCCCGAUGGCCUCUUCCGCCGCCAUGCCCGCUGGCGCGUCACAUUCGAAUCAUCUCUGCGACUCCGACUGCGACUGCGACUGCAAUUCACUCUCACCUGUCCGAAUCACGGCAAACGCCAUCGAGGCAAGUGAGCGGCGGUCUUGAGGAUCAAGUCAUCGGGUGACUUCAUCGAUGCAGGCAGGCGCGACACGUUUUGCUCAACGCGCUUGCUCAGGCGCGACACCACUUCCUCGCCAUGGAAAUCUGCUUCAAACUUCACCACCCGAUGGCUUGACUGGACGGUUUGAAAGAACAAUAACAUCAGCUAUGGCAACGUCCGUGGAGCAGUGGGCAUUCAAUGUCUGUCAGGCCGUUCAGGCUGCGCAGCACACGGCGAAACAC